AUGUGGAAAGUGUUUCACAGAGUAAAUAAGCCAGUCCUUGAGGUUGACCCGUAUGUGAAACAAGCUGGAGGUUCUUGCUGCCCGUAUUGUCAACCUGUGAUAAGCUCACAUGAAGUGCAAGUCAAGCUUGGAAAAGCAGAUCAUACAGAAUGUUUAAGUAAUGAUUGGUUCCUUUUUUUCUAUAAAUGCAUAAGACUAUUAUUAUUAUUAUCAUUAUUAUUAGGAGCGUUGGGAGCACCAUUUUUGUUGGAGGACCCCGCAAACCAGUUCCUACAUCUCAAAAGACACAUAUAUUUGCAGGAUUACUGGGACCCAGAUGGCAAUCCAAAUAUGUGGGGAAACAUGCUGGCUGAUAAGGCUCAUGAAACAUGGACUGCUUUGAAAACAAUAGCACAAUAUUAUCUGAAUGUGAAUACCUUCACUUUUGACAUGUCCACUUCCCAGUAAAUGUGCUUUGAUGGUUAAACCAGGAGAGAAAAAAACGAUGGGAGUCAACAUGGCAAUGCAACCAAACUGUGGGCUUUGGAGACAUGGAGGCAAAUCUCUGCCACUUACAAGAUUACUUAAUAUGUCUGUCUCAUGGAACUGUUGAAAGGAGUAAAUAUAA